AUGGCUGAAGAAGUGAAGUUGAUUGGCGCAUGGAGAAGCCCUUUUAGUCGCAGAGUAGAGCUUGCUCUGAAACUGAAGGGGGUUCAAUAUGAAUACAUAGAUGAAGAUCUCUCUAACAAGAGUCCUCUGCUUCUGAAAUACAACCCUAUUCAUAAGAAGGUCCCUGUGCUGUUGCACAAUGGAAAGCCGAUUGCUGAAUCGGCAGUUAUACUCGAAUACAUCGACGAGACGUGGAAAGGCUAUCAUUUGUUGCCUGAAGAUCCUUAUGAGAGAGCCAUGACCCGUUUCUGGGUCAAAUUCAUAGAUGAGAAGGAUAUCGUGAGGCGCAGUCUUGUGGGUGGCAGAUUCGAACUCGCACUUGAUACACGUUUUUUGGAUGAUGGAUGCCUUCCAGAGUUGAGAGAAAAUUAG